GAACAUCUGCUGGUCCUGACACCGCUCGUCAAGGGCAUCAGCACAGCCCAUCUCCUCGACCGCUACUUUGAACAACUCGACGCAUCGACAUACCCGAACCAUCUCAUUUCCAUCGGCUUGCUGGUCACCGAUUCUGCCGACAGCACGCUGCUCGAAGCACUCGAGUCGCGCGUGCGACGUCUUCAAGGCCGGUGGUUCAAACGAUUCCACGCGAUCAGCGUCUAUCAGCGCCAUUUUGAGCUUACCCACAAUGAUGAGCCGUACGACCUGACGAUCAUGGCACGCGCCCGUAACUUUCUGCUGGCUGCCUCGCUGCGGGAUUUCCACAGCUGGGUAGCCUGGGUCGAUGUGGAUGUCGUCAAGUAUCCGCCCACCGUCUUUGACGACUUGAUGCGGAUCGAUGGCGACGUUGUCGUGCCCAACUGCUUGGCGUACCGCGAGGACAAUGCCUUUUGGGCAUACGAUCGCAGCAAUUGGGCUGAAACGGAUUAUUCACUCGAAAUGCAAAAGUGGGUGGGACAGGACUUUAUUUUGAUGGAAGCCCUGUUUUCCCUUUUCUCUUGGGGCCUGGUAGAUAUGCCAACACAUUUAGGAAAAGAGCACAAGGUUCCCCUCGACGGUGUAGGUGCAACAUUUACAUUGGUCAAGUCGCACGUUCACCGUGAAGGCGCCAACUUUCCGCCGUUUGUCUACCAACAUCAGGUCGAGGCUGAGGCGUUUGGUAAGGUUGCCAAUGCCAUGGGAUUCUCGGUCUAUGGUCUUCCUGGUUACAUGGUUUAUCAUGCGGAA